AUGAAGGAAUGGCUGCAGCUCUUAGGACACUCGGAUAAUGCGGUCAACAGCUUGAAUAUAAUUCAUGUCAGCGGCACGAAGGGGAAAGGUAGCACCUGCGCUUUUACACGCGCCAUCCUUCGUGCACAUGGUAUGAGGACAGGAUUUCCCAAGCGCAUUGGGCUCUACACCGGUCCACAUCUGCAAUGCAUUCGUGAAAGAAUACAACUCGACGACCAUCCAGUCCCCGAGGAAUUGUUUACCAAAUACUUCUUUGAAGUGUGGGAUCGCAUUAUGCCUGAGGAUAUAGAGCAGGAUUCCGGAGUUGCUAGGCAGCCUCGAUACCUCCAGUUUCUGGCCCUGUUGGCUUUCCACACUUUCAUCAGAGAAGGAGUACAGGCGGCAAUUUUCGAGGUCCACCAUGGCGGAGAGUACGAUGCUACAAACGUGAUCCAGAGUCCCGUUGCGACCGGAAUCACAUCCCUUGGAAUGGAUCAUGUUGCACAGCUUGGACCUACUAUCGAGACAAUCGCUUGGCAUAAAGCGGGAAUAUUUAAACCUGGUGCACCUGCUUUCUCUGUAAACCAGAAACCCGGCCCCGCGGAGGUUAUGCGCAAGCGUGCUCUUGAUAAAGGCACUACUUUGACGUUCGUCUCAACUAAUGAGUGCCUUCCCACUGAUGGUAGAGUCCUCAGCGUCCCAGUGCAACGAUUGAACUGUUCCUUGGCACUUGAGCUCAGUAGAGCAUUCGUUCAUGCUAAGGCGCCUGGCCAUACAAUUAGUGACGAGGACAUCUAUCAUGGUGUUGAAAGUUUUUCGUUGGCUGGCAGAUUCGAGAUUAUAGAUGAAGGGCAGGUACAAUGGUUUGUGGAUGGGGCACACAACGUUCUGAGUCUAGAAGAAGCUGCAGAAUGGUUUGCUAGGAACGCCAGUAACGACCAAAAGUGCCGCUCCCUUAUUUUCAGUCAUUUAUCAGAAGCGAGAGAUGGGGUGAUGCUCGUACGAUCUCUCGCGCAUGCACUCUUCAAAAACAAAGUGAAACCUGACCAUGUCAUUUUCACUACGUAUCAAGAGAAAGAGGAUGACUCUAUCGGUACUGAGGCUUGCCAGAACAAUGAGAGGCCGUGA